UGCCCGCCUUUCCGUAUACAAAUACUCCUUCCUGUUUACCCGGAAGUUAGUUCAAUUUCCAAAGAUGGCGGAACAGGGUCCGAUGGCCAUAGCGAUGCGGCUACGAAACCAGCUCCAGUCCGUUUACAAACUGGACCCGCUCAGAAAUGAGGAGAAAGUCAAGCUGAAGAUCAAGGACCUGAAUGAACACAUCGUCUGCUACCUCUGUGCAGGCUACUUCAUAGAUGCCACCACAAUCACAGAGUGUUUGCACACAUUCUGUAAAAGUUGCAUAGUGAAAUACCUACAGACCAGCAAAUAUUGUCCAAUGUGUAAUAUCAAAAUCCAUGAAACGCAGCCCCUGCUCAACCUCAAACUGGAUCGAGUCAUGCAGGACAUUGUCUACAAACUGGUGCCUGGACUUCAAGAAAGCGAAGACAAAAGAAUAAAAGAAUUUUACCAGUCACGUGGAUUAGAGAGAGUCGUCCAACCUGCUGGGGACAACAUGUCAGACGCAGCAGGUUUACCGUACACAAGUUUCGACCACUCCAAAGCCCACUUCUACAGAUAUGAUGAGCAGGUUUCGCUGUGCUUGGAAAGGCUAAGUUCGUCCCUCGCUGGGAAAGAUAGGACAAAACUUGCACUUCGGCAGAAGUUUGUUCGAUGUUCUGUGCGAGCAGAGGUGAGACACCUCCGGAAAGUUCUUUGUCAUCGGCUAAAUGUGGAGAAAAACCAGGUCCAGAUGUUAUUCAACAACGAGUCUCUGCCUGAUCACAUGACCAUGAAGCGGUUGUGGCUCUCACACUGGUUUGGCAAGUCACAACCAUUAGUUCUUCACUACAUAAUCAAGGACAAAAGGAGCAGAUAAAAGUCCUGUUGCAGCCGAAGGACAGCUGUACAUAUUUUGUUCAUAUAUAUUCUAUUUUAUUAGUGUUUAUGUACAUAAGCCUAUUUUCCUUGUUUUGUAUUUUUGAAAAUAAAAUUUAAAUGAAGACA